AUGGUAAAAAAAAUCAGGUGUGUUCUGUUGAAUGCAUCUGCUAAUAGUUAUGUUGGCAACUUUGGGAAGAUUGAACUGUUUGGUUUAAUGGUGUUGGCUCAAGCUAAAAGGGGGGAGAUUCGCGGCGGUUUCAAAUCUCUCAUAACAUAUUCACAUCGCUACCGAAGCAGAAGAACAACCAGAAUUUUCGCUGAAUUUGUAAAGGUGUGUUUCGACGGUGAAGAAGAAACAUAUGAGUGGCGAAUGCACAUUAAGUCUUAUGAUCAUUGCACUUGCAGGCAAGGGAGGUUGCUGAAUUCUUGGAUGAAAUGAAGCAGCUUGCGAAGAGUGAGAGAAUGCUGGUUCAUGUGUCAUUGUUUUAUGCAGGGUAUCAUUGUUUUUGCAUUAGUAAUGGCGACCUUGAUUUCGAGUUUUUGUAUCAGUAAUGGCAACCUUGAUUUCAUAUCCUGUGAUGCAGUUAUUUCUGUUUUUGAAACUAUUUUGUUAAUUGAUAUUCGUUUUUGUGUUCUUCAAUUAAUUUUCAUGUUGUAAGUUGUUGUAUGGAUUGCAGACCAGUAACGUAUCCGUGGUCCAUACCAUGAAGAACUGGACAUGUUUUCUUGUGUUCGUAUGAGCGUGGUCAUGUUAUAACUGUGCAA